AUGGAUUACAUCAACGAGUACAUCGACAAGGCGGCCGACCGCCUCGGCGUCGAAAAGAAGGUCGUGCAGUAUGCCGCUGCCGGGGCGGCCGCGCUGGGCGGGCUCGCGGUGGCGAAGCGCAUGUACGACAACCACGUGCCGUCCAAGGGGCGCUUCCCGACCAGCACCCUGCCGAAGGACGCGUAUGACGCGGUGAUUGUUGGCGCUGGCCCCUCCGGUUCGACGUGCGCGACGUUCCUGACCAAGGCCGGCGGCAAGGUCGCCCUCCUGGAGAAGUGCCACUUCCCGCGCGACAAGUACUGCGGCGACGCGGUGUGCACCCCCGCGAUCGAGAUCCUCCGCGAGACGGGCGUCAUGCAGGAGCUCAUCGACAAGAACGAGGCCCACUUCGCCGACUGCGGCGGCUUCGUUUCGCCCUCGGGCCUGGCCUACAUCGGCGCGUCAAAGGAGAAGCUCGGAAAGGCCGCGUGCUGCGCCGUGAAGCGCAUCAACCUGGACAUGCGCUGCGCGUACAAGGCGCGCUCCGUCGGGGCCGACCUGAAGGAGGACUUUGACGUGACGGACGCGACGUUCGACGCCGCGGCGGGGCUGUGGACGGUGACGAGCGCCGCCGGGCAGAAGGUCCGCGGGCGCGUGCUCGUGUGCGCGGACGGCGCGCAGUCGAAGCUCGCGAUGAAGCUCGGGUACUGCACCGAGCCCCCGCGCGGCGUGUGCAGCCGUGCGUUCGUCGAGGGCGGCACCCACAACACGGACUUUGACGGUGUGUGCUUCUACCAGCGCGAGUCACUCCCCGGGUACAGCGCGAUCUUCAAGCACCCGAACGACGAGCUGAACUACUGCUACUACCUCAUCCCGUGCGGGAAGAACGGCAUGUGCGGCGACGUGAAGGAAGAGGACCUCGCGCGGCUGCACAACGACGCCAUCAAGAACGACCCGUUCAUCUCGCAGGCGCUCGGGCCGAACGCGAAGAUCGAGCGCAUGAAGGCCGCCUCGCUGCGCCUCGGCUCGCAGGGCCUGAAGACGUCGUACGACGACCACCUCCUCAUCAUCGGCGACGCGGCGGGCCACAUCGACCCGCUCACCGGCGAGGGCAUCCACACUGCGAUGAUGGGCGGCAAGGCCGCCGCGGAGACCAUCGCGGCGAUGCGCGAGACCGGCGACUACUCCAAGCGCUCCACGAAGGAGUACGAGCGCAAGUGGAUGGCGCUCUUCGGGCACGACUUCGCCUACUCGGUCGGCGCCGCCAACCUGGUGUAUCGCUUUCCUAUCCUCCUGGACGCGUGCGCGAGCGAGAUGCAGCGCCAGGGCGACGCGAUGAUGUCGAAGUGGGCCGAGGUGAUGACGAACAUGCGCCCGAAGACGUACUUCCUCCGCCCUGACGUGGCCUUCAACCUCGGGUGCGCGCUCGUGCGCGAGGUGUGGAACCAGUACGUGCUCCGGCGGCCGGACAUGUACGCCAAGGGCGGCAUCAUGGUCACCAACAAGAAGUAG